AUGGCACCUGGUCUCACCGUCGACUCGAAUUUGACCACCAGGUCAAAUAGCUUCGAUAUCAUUUCUCAUACUUCGGGCAAAUCAAACGAGAGUAGCUACCAGAACUUCCUCAGCGAUGUCGUUGUUGUGGGUGCGGGUCCAUCCGGGCUUAUGCUUGCCGACAACCUUGUACGAUAUGGUAUCAAGACGCAAGUAGUCGACAACAGACCGGACGCAACAUCCACGGGACGUGCAGACGGAAUCCAACCAAAGACGAUUGAGACAUUGCGCCAAAUGCGACUGGCUGAUCCUGUCCUCAGGAAAGGAGUGAAAGUAUACGACAUUGCUUUUUGGAGCUCCACUGCUGGCAAAACAUUGCAUAGGAAAGGUCGCGAGGUUCAUUAUCCCCCAGACGUUGAUCUUCUAGACCCUUAUGUCCUGCUUUGCCACCAAGGAAUGAUUGAAGAUCUUCUUAUCAAAGAUCUUCGAGAGCGUGGUGUCGAGGUCGCCCGGAAUACGGCGUUUGUUGGCUACGAGUCCACGCCUGCUAGUCUUCGACCCAUGGCAGUGACUUGCCACCAGGAUGUUGAACAGAUGCGAAGGACAUACAGAACACGAUACAUCGUUGGUUGUGAUGGCGCACAUUCAAGAGUGCGCAAGGCUCUUCCUAACUCGGUCCCAAUUGGUUCUUCUACUGAUGCGGUUUGGGGAGUUAUCGACGGCGUUCUAGACACUGACUUCCCUGACAUCUGGAGCAAAGUCGUUGUUCAAUCGGAGGAGCUAGGUACCAUACUCAUGUGUCCUCGUGAGCGCAAUAUGACACGUUUGUACAUUGAGCUCAAGCCAGGCUCCAUGGAAGUCACGAUGAAAGAGAGAGCCACUCAAGAGUUCGUCCAGAUGCGGGCGCAGGAGAUCAUGCAACCUUACCGACUGAGAUGGAGGAAUGUUGAAUGGUUCGGCCGCUAUGUCAUCGGCCAGAGAGUCGCUUCGCACUUCACUGAUCCCAAUCAUACUGUCUUCAUUGCGGGCGAUGCAAGCCACACGCAUUCCCCUAAGGCGUCACAGGGUAUGAACACCUCCAUUCACGACUCAUGGAACCUAGCCUGGAAGCUCAAUUUUGCUGUUCGUGGCCUUGCGAAACCAGCGCUCCUGCAGACAUAUGAGGAGGAGCGCAAGAAAAUCGCGCAAGAUCUUGUUGAUUUCGACUCGGAGCAUGCUAGUGCGUUCACGGCAGGCAAUCCCGAGGGGAUUGUGGAGAAUUUCACGAAGAACACCGCCUUCAUGUCGGGCUAUGGUGUGACCUACAACUUGAACGUGCUAAAUAUGUCGACGAAGUCGGUUGGCCGUGGGUUGUUAAAACCUGGGUACCUUCUGCCUCCAGCCAAGGUCACAAGAUUCAUUGACUGCAAUUCUGUCGACAUACAGACCGAUAUUCCCGCCCUGGGCCAGUUCAGGAUUUAUUUCUUCACUCGUAAUGUCUUUGCUGCCAUGCCUUUCAUCGACACGGUUUGCAACGCACAUACUUCCACUUCCUCAUACGUUGGCCGUGUUACGACAGCUGGAAAUGCAUCAUAUACUAUGCAGCCGCCGCUUGCUGCACCCCACGACCAAUUCGUCUGUCCGGAGCGAUAUACACCUGUCAGUGGGAUCUUCACGUACGCGCUGGUCACAGAUAUGCCACGCCAAGACAUCGAGAUAGAAGACCUGCCUUUGGUAAUGCGCGAUUCGCGAUGGACUAUUUAUCUUGACGACGUCCCGCAUCUUGACACUCGCAAACAAACCUGCAUGGAUAAAUGGUUUGGUGGUAUCGCUGAGAACGAGGUGGCGGUGGUGAAUGUCAGACCCGAUGGGUACGUUGGUACCCUCGGCCGUUGGAGAGACGGAACGCGAGAGAGCGGGCUUGAAGCCGUGCGUUGGAUGGACCAGUAUUAUGAGAAGUUCAUGCGGGAUACAUGA